AUGAUAUGAUAUGUUCAGAUAUGGAUAAAAUAUUCAUCAUAAAUAUUCUUAGUUUUCAUCAACUUAUGUGUGGUUAGGUCUAAAAAAAAGUUUCAGUGCUAAUCUGAAUAGUUUGAUUAAAACUUUCUGCAAUCAAAUCUUCAUUAAAUUCGUUUAAUUUUACAAACAGUUGCUAGAUAAGACAAGGAGGAAAGAUCUGCCUUUCUUUGGGUGUUCGGCCUGUGCUUGGGAUUUUCAGUCUGUUUAUGGGGGUUGCUCAGCCUGUGCAUGGGGAGUUUGCCUGUGCCAGGAGCACCCCCCCCCCCCCCCCAAUGGCAAAAAAUCUCUUUGAAAAAGGGCGUUUUCUGGCUUUCAAAAGUGUGUGGAACCCCAAUUUUAACUUGUUCAACUCGCCUUUGCCCCUCCCCCAAUCUUGCCACCCUGGCUACGCUACUCCGUUUGAUCUGCUCUUGGGGAGUUCAGUCUUUUAGAAAGGGCAUUGAAGAGCCACAUAACUUUGCCAUCUAACCUAUCUGUGAGUUUAAACAAGAAACCAUCACCAACGAGCACUGACGUCAGCAAACGGUUGGCUUGUCUACAUUUCUUAUUUAGAUAACAAACCGCUCUCGUUUGAUGCGCAGCAUGCCUAGAUAUCGUUUUCCUUCUGGAUUACAAAAAGAACAAUAUCUAAUGUUGUCCCGUUUUUUGCAAGGCGCCGUAGAAAUUUAGCUGAAUACAUGAAAUAGUGACAGGCCAUUAUCUUCAACUUCCUCCACAAAGGAGCUGUUAUAAUAUUAGAUAUUCUGCUGAGAUUUCGUGGCGCCAUGAUAAAUCGAUUUGAUUUGAUCAAAAUCUAAGGAAUGCAGACAAACAAGCGGACUGUUUGCUGAAGUUAACACCCACUGUGCAAAUGGGAAUUGUAUUUUGUUUCACGACAAAUGCGUGGGUACACGACAGAAUGGAUGGCGGAGGCAGCAGCCAAAACGAUGCAAUACAGACAGUCCCUCUAUAUUUUAAAGAAGAAAUUCCAGAUGAGCCUCGCUUAGACUACGAAAACCCACCCGAGGCAGUAGCUGAGGCCUUGUCUGUCCAAGAAACAGCUUCUAGCAGUGGUGGACUGGGCAUUAGGAAAAAACGUGGACGACCUUCGAAGAAAGCUGAAUUUGAAUGGAGUGACCAAGACGUUUUUACGCUAAUAGAAAUAUGGUCGUCAAAAGAGGAGCUGUACAACAGCAAGAAUCCACGAUAUGGAAACCGCGAUUUCAGAUUAAAAGCCCUUGUUAACAUACUGCAAACACUGCAGCGCCAAGGUAUUAAAGUAAGGAGUACGAGACAGAUCCAAGACAAGUUUACUAAUUUAAGAAAUUAUUAUGCCGCAGAACGCAGAAAAAUUGAAAGUUCGCGCAAAAGUGGCGGAAUUGCUGAAUCGGAAUAUAAGUCCUCUUGGAAAUUCUUUCACCCCUUGCAUUUUUUGCAAGAUAAUUCGAUUCCUCGCGAAAAUGCUGGCAACUUAAAUGAUUCCUUUGUUAUGCUUUGUCAACAGCCCUUUUCUAGUGCCUCGUCAACAAGCUCAACGUACUCAGCGAAUAAUCCACCUUCAGCAAAGGCAGCUAGAAGAACCAGGGAGAGGCAGGGAGAAACGUCUGGAAAAAGGAUGGGAAGUGAACCAAACGCACAUGAAAUGAUCGGUAGACGGCUGCAGGAUAAACUUGACGACCAAUCAAGAACAAUGAUAGAGAGGCAAAGAGAAAUAGCGGAAAAUGUAACGAUUGCACAGGAAAUGAUAGGUACAAGGAUACAGGAACAAAAUGACAACCAGUCUAGAACAACAAUUGAGAGGCAAAAAGAAAUAGCGGAAAAAAGUAUUGAAAGUGCAACAAAUGUACAAGAAAUGAUAGGUAGAAGAACACAGGAAAAUCUUGAGAACCAAUCUAGAACAACGAUGGAGAGGCAGCCUGAAAUAGUGGAAAAAACCACGGAAUAUGAAUCAUACACACAAGAUAUAGCUGCUAGUGGGAGACAAGAAAAUAUUUGCAAGCCAAAUGCUCCCAAUCCUGAGGACAAAUGCUACACUGACAUGAUCUUGCAGAUGCUGAAUGGCAUUCCCGACUCAGAGGCAAAAGCACUAGCCAAAAUUGAAUUCCAGCAAAAGUUGAUUUUCUUGAAAUACAAUCAGCAGAACCAAGCGAAAACAUCAUCGCAGCAAAAUCAUUUCUCUCCCUUAGGCCAGCAACGACGAGACACGCAUUCUUCUGCUCAAAGAUAUGCAGCGAGCCCAUUCUCAAGUAGUAGCUCGCACGAGCCCUUCUAAUCUAGCAGAACGCCUUUACAAAAGAAACAUUCUUUGGAAAUCAUUCGGUCAUCGGUUAACAUCGUGUUACCCU